UUGCUUUUUUAUCUCCCAAGAAAAUUGAAAAUUCAGUCGCUGCCUUUCUAGAAAGAAAGACCGACGCGCUUGGGGACCUGCUCGCUGCCGUCUCUCUCGCUCUCUCUCUCUCUCUCUCUCUGUCUCUGCGCUAAGUCAACACGAGAAUUUCCUCUCCUUUUCUUAUUAGGAACUUGUUUCGUCUUCUUCCGUCUUCAAAUCUCUUAUCUCCUCCUCCUUGAUUUUGUUUCUCAUAGUGAUCUCCGCCAUCUCUCUCUAUUUUUUUUCCCUCUUCCUGUUUAGCUAAACGAACUCCGUUUGUCCAUCCGAUGAGUAAUAACACGGCGUCAUCUAGUGCUGGAGCGAAUGGAUCGGCUGAUUCUGGUGCUUCCCGGAGAAAUUCAAAGCGACCCAAAUAUUCAAGGUUUACCCAACAAGAACUUCCAGCUUGUAAGCCAAUUCUCACACCACGUUGGGUGAUUUCAGCAUUUAUGCUUGUUAGCAUUAUUUUUGUUCCUAUUGGAAUUGCUUCCUUGUUUGCUUCGCGAGAUGUUGUUGAAAUUGUUGAUCGCUACGAGACUGAAUGCAUUCCCAUGCAAAAUAGAACUGAUAAGGUUGGAUAUAUUCGAAGUUCUGCAGAUAAAAUGUGCAACAGAACAUUAAAAGUUCCUAAGCGUAUGAAGCAGCCUAUUUAUGUGUAUUAUCAGCUUGACAACUUUUAUCAGAAUCAUCGCAGGUAUGUGAAAAGUCGAAGCGAUGAGCAAUUGAGAAGUCCAAGCGGUGAGAAUGAAACGAGCAAUUGUAAGCCUGAAGAUAUUGUCAAUGGUAAGGCAAUUGUACCAUGUGGUCUCAUAGCUUGGAGUUUGUUUAAUGACACAUACAUUUUCUCCCGCAACAACGAGCAAUUACCCGUGAAUAAGAAUGGCAUCUCAUGGAAAAGUGAUAGGAACCACAAAUUUGGCAAAAAAGUCUUUCCUAAGAACUUCCAGAAUGGAACUCUCAGAGGUGGUAAAAUACUCAAUGAAUCAAUACCGUUAAGUGAGCAGGAGGAUCUCAUUGUUUGGAUGCGAACCGCAGCUCUGCCAACUUUUAGGAAGUUGUAUGGUAAGAUAGAGCAGGAUCUACUUCCCAAUGAUGAGAUUCAUGUAAUACUUGAGAACAACUAUAAUACAUAUAGCUUCAACGGCAAGAAAAAGCUAGUGCUUUCUACCACAAGCUGGCUUGGUGGCAAGAAUGACUUUCUUGGCAUUGCUUAUCUCGUUGUUGGGGGACUCUGCUUCUUUUUGGCAAUGUGCUUCACUAUCGUAUAUCUUGUCAAGCCUAGGCGGCUGGGAGAUCCCUCUUAUUUAUCGUGGAACAGAACUCCUGGAGGUCGCUGAAACUGCAAACAGAAUCUCACUUGUGUUGUAGUUGUGUAUUCAAUGUUUAAAAAAUAGUCUUAGCUUGAAAGGAGAUCAAUCUUGCUUGGAAUGUCUUAAUUUUUUCAAACCGUUGUAAGAUAUUGAUAAAUUUUAUAUGUACCUUUGAGUAAUAGAAAUGGGUGUGAUCAACUAUGUCAAACUAUUACAUUCAAUUAAUGUUGGUAAGCAAUUUGCUCA